AUGCCUGCACUGUUGGAGAACUUUACCCAGCUCGAAUCAUUUUACGUCAACGUUUCCAGCACGGAUUGCCAGAAGUCGAGCCUACAAUGGUGCACGUCCGAUUUGGUAAAUCACUACCGAACAGAAACGUACGAAAGACAGCCUGGUCUGGGAGAAGACUUGCAGUUCCUAUGGUGUUGGCCCGAUUUGGAGAGACACCCCGACUUUGCAAAGUAUCAGAUCAACAGAGAUACAUGGGACAAUCUACCAUAUCCGCUUGGCGGAAGUCUGGAGGAAAGAGGGAUCAAGGCUUGGCCUAUGGUUGCUUUCGAGUUUGAGCGUGGACUGCGGAGGUUCGAGUUGCUACAAACACUUGGACCUGACUUUGGCGACGACAGCGACUCGGACGAGGAAGAGGAUGACGACGACGACGAAAAUGGACCGGAUCUAGACCAAUACGAAAGUGACGGAAUUGACGAUGACGAGAUUGUGGAGAGGUAUGAAGAUUCAGACGAUGAGGGCAUCUCAUUAGCCAGUGGAUCACCGGCACCUACUCGACAAAUCCACCAAAUUUCCGACGACGAGGAUGAUGAAGAUGGUGAGGGAGCCAACUUUUCCGAACCAGAACCCGAGCCAGAGUCUGCGCCUGUGCAGCGUGGUCGCAAACGUCGCGUGGUUUCAGACUCGGAUGACGAAGAAGAUGACGAUGUCCAGCCUUUGACAAAACGCGCUAGAGUCAUCGUUGAUUCCGAUGAUGAAGACGACGAACCACAAGUUUCUCAACCAGAGCGAAGUCAAAAGCGGCCAAGGACGGUGGUAUCCGAUGACGAAGAUGACGAUGAUCAAGGCGGCGUCUCAAGACAAGACUCGGACAACGGAGGAGACUCCUCCAGCAGCGAAGAAGAAAGUGAAGAGUCGGAUGAAGAAGACGCGCCACCCGCGAAGCUAUCUUUGGCAGAACGUCUACGUCUCCACCGCGAAGAAAACCCUGUCGACAACGAGGAUUCAGACGAUGAUGCCAGCAGCAGGACUGCAGAUGAAGACAGCGAGGACGAAGAGGACGACGAUGAGGAGCGCAACCCAUUCAUGAUGGGCAUGGCCGAUGAGUCCGACGGAGAAGGAGAAGAUUACGACGAGGAUGAUUACUGA